AUGUCGCGCUGGUAUCUGGCGACUGGCUGUUCUUUCAUGGAACUGCAUUAUGGAUACCGUCUCGGGCACACAACAAUCACAGAAAUUGUUCGAGAAGUGUAUAUCCUGUUAUGGCAGAAAGUGUAUGCAAGUAAAGCUAUGCUGACAACAGAAGAAUGGUUAAAAAUAGCAAAUACCUUCGAAAAGAAGGCCAACUUUCCUCACUGCAUUGGAGCAAUUGAUGGCAAACAUGUACGAAUGAUUAAGCCUGCUCACUCAGGUUCCUUGCACUACAACUACAAAAAUUACUUUUCCAUUCCAGAAUGA